AUGCCACGCACGAGUAUGUCCCUAUACAUCCGGAAGACACUCUUCCCAGAUUUCUCGCAAAAGGUAGGACGCCUAUUGACCAACACGGUAGAUGCUAAAGAGCCUUCGGCAGACAAACAUUUAGGUGCGGUCGAAAUGACCACAUCAGUUGAAGUUACAACCAGCACGCCUCAUGCAUGGGAAAGGCAGCAUGCAGACGACAUACCUCUGAAGCUUUGUCAAAAUCUCAUGGACAUGGAACUGCAAGCAUCCAAGAUGUUGACCGAAAGAGCAUUCACCUAUUUCCACUCUGCGGCUGAAUCUCUGAAUGCCUUGGAAGCCAACCGGAGAGACUGGGCAAAAGUAUCUUUCCGGCCUCGAGUGCUCAGGAACGUUGCUCAGGUCGAUAUGUCGUGCAGAAUCAUGGGACAACCCAGCAGUCUCCCAAUUUUCAUCUCUCCAAUGGCAAUGAUCAAGCUGGCAAACAAGGACGGCGAGUUGGCUUUUGCACGUGGAGCUGGGUCAAAGGGUAUCGCGUCUGCAUUCAGCACUUACACGUCCUGCUCACACGAGGAGAUAAUGCAAUGCGUCAAAGCUGAAGGACUGCCACAGACGCAAUUCUUCCAACUAUACGUACCGAGGAAACGAGAAAACGCUGUGGAGCUCAUCCGCAUGGCACGCCGCUUAGGUUUUAAAGCGUUGCUUGUAACCGUGGAUACGCCGGUUGUCGGCAAGAGGGAAGAAGACGAUCGCUAUAAGGCUCGAGUGGAGUAUCAAUCUGGCGUGGAGGACACACCUCGGACACUGGAUACCUCAGCAUCAGAAGAGAAGCCAAUCCUCCGAGGAGUUCACUCAUCAACAUUGAACUGGGAUGACCUGGGCUGGAUUCGAGACACCUGGGGAGAUUCAGGCCCCAUUGUCUUGAAAGGCAUUCAGAGCGCCGAGGACGCCUUGCUCGCAUGUCGAGCCGGCGUAGAUGGUAUCUACCUUAGCAAUCAUGGUGGCCGACAGCUUGACUUUGCACCAAGUUCAAUGCAGACCUUGCUCGAGAUUCGGAGAUUCUGUCCUGAGAUUAUUGGGAGAAUAGAUAUCUACCUCGACGGCGGAGUGAGAAGAGGAAGUGAUGUCCUCAAGGCCAUUUGCUUAGGAGCCAAGGCUGUGGGCAUUGGGCGGCCGUUCGUCUACGCGCUCGGCGCCUAUGGACAGCAAGGUGUCGAACGCGCAAUCGAAUUACUUAGCGACGAGGUGGAGACGACGAUGAGGCUCCUCGGGGUAAACAGCUUGAGUGAGCUGAGCUCUCUCUAUGUCAACACCAAGGAGCUGGAGAAGAGCAUCGUAGACGAGAUAGACACGAGGCCCCGGCAACGGUAUGCAGGGGCUCGCCUGUGA